AUGGCUGGACAAAGUGUUAUCGUCAUCAGUCUCUUUGUUCUCCUUCUUCUUGCUUCUUCCUCUGCUGCUACUGAGGUCUUGGCUGAUGCGUCAAUAUACAACGUCUUAGACUUUGGAGCCAAAGGAGAUGGCAACACCAAUGACACUCUAGCGUUUGUAAAUGCAUGGAAUGCAGCAUGUCACAAAAGCACGACACCCUCCACCUUGCUCAUUCCGGCAGGAAAGACAUUUUUGUUGUCUUACAUCGAGUUCGAAGGACCUUGCAACAACUUCAUUUAUGUAACGCAAUGUCCAGAAGAUGGGCCCAAUAGUCUACAUAUGUUGAGUUGCACUGAUGCACAGAUCUGGGGGUUGAGGUCGAUCAACAGUGUGAUGAUGCACAUAUCGGUGGGGAGGAGCAAGCGAGUCGAUAUCAGAGACAUCACCAUCGUCGCCCCCGACGAGAGCCCCAACACUGACGGCAUCCACGUCCAGCAAAGCCAAUUUGUGAGCAUCAGAAACUCCGGAGGUUCUGGCUUUGCGAGGAACAUAUCGUUUGAGGAUAUCACCAUGAAUGACGUGCGCUAUCCCAUUAUAAUAGAUCAGUACUAUUGUCCUCACAGGAAAUGCGAUGCCCAUGCAUCAGCAGUAGAAGUGAGGGAUGUGAAAUACAUUGGAGUGAGAGGAAGCUCAUCGAGAGAAGUAGCAAUCGCUCUGAAUUGCAGCCAAAGUGUGCCUUGCAGUGGCAUCUUCAUGGACAGUGUGAAUCUGUGGAAUUCAAAUGAAGGAGAAGAGGUGCGGUCUAACUGCAUCAGUGCCAAUGGAUAUGCGAAGAAUCAAGUCACGCCUGCUGUUUCUUGCCUGACCCAGAGAAACCUUGCUAGCUAG